AUAGAACAAAGGGAGAGAGAAGGUGUGUUGUUUGAGAGUGUGAGGAGGGGCAAGAGGAGUGUUCGUCCAAACGUCAGGCGAGAGCAGACCCCUCUUGAGAGUUCUACUAACAUCCCUUCCUCCGGCAUGGCGGACAUCACAUCUGUCCAAUGGCAGGCCAUGUUGGACGCAACAGACGAGAGCCAUAAACCGUUCUUCCAAAAGUUGUAUGAUGAUGCCGUGCAGAAGGAAAGGGAGGCAGAGGCAGCAACUAGAGCUACAAGUAUAGCUGCUCAGGAGUCCCUCCUACAGGUCCCGGAAGCCAAUGCUGACCGGUUCCGGGAGGGGCUAGCUACUGCUAUCGCAGCCUUGGUUCGAUUGCGGAACUUGGAAAAUUUCAAGGCCCGCGUAACAGCGCUAGAGCAGAGGAACCAAGAGCUGCAGGCUGAGAUAACCAGCCUCAGACAAUCCCAACUGUCUGCCCCCCGCCCUCCUAACCCUCGGUCUGCUGUAGUCCCGGUCUCUCAAUCAAACACAGCCCUCAUAGGAAGAUCAAGUGGAACCAUGGCAAGCGCAGGAACCGGUGCCAGCUCCUCGAGCGGCAGCGCCGGCAGUUCUGCGCUGGUCAUGGUCCCGAAUGCAGGGACUUCAGCCCAAAAUGCCACAGUCCUUACUGACGUUCAGUACAGCGGUCCCAUGGUGGACAAGCGGGCGGCCACGCUGCCGUCCAAGUACGAUGGGAAGGCAGACAUCACCUCUUGGAUUAGUUCCAUGCGGUCGUACUUCGAGGUCAUGCGGACACCGCAAGAGGACCGAAGUAUGAUCAUGGGGACUAAUACCGAGCCUUCCGUACGAAACCACAUUGAGUUCCAAGUUGUCGCUGCAGGCUAUGAACGCAUAGACCUGACUGAUUGGCUGAAGGUCACCCCAGUCCGCACUCUUGAGGAUCUUCUCCUUAACCGGUACCAAGAUAAACAUGUUGCGCUCAAGGCUAGACUGAAGCUUGAGGCCCUCAAGGGCCAAACUUGGAGGUCAUCCAUGCAGGCUUUGGAACAACACUUGACUGGUCUGUUCACCACUCCGGAUCUGGGAAUAACUGACGUAUUUUGUAUGGAUGUAGUCAUGGGAGUGACCCCUAAAGAAUACCUCUCCCUACUAGCACUCAAGGACCAUGCCACCUGGCGAGAGCUCAUGAAGGACCUAGUCAACCUAGAGGCCAAGGACCUCGCCAGGCGCAAGAAGGCGCCCACUGCAGGUGGGAAACCACAACGCAAGCAGUUUGGAAGCAGCAACCAGCUUGCACUGCACGAUCAUCGGAAGGCUGAAGAUCAGUCCUAUGCGGAUGAUCUGUCUCUAGAUGACGAUCUAGAGCCGGACUCCGAUACCGGCUGAUUGCUAUCGUGUUCAGGGAAACAGGCAAGGAGCGUAGAGGAGUCAUCAGCACUCUCUACAGCAAGGGAAGCUGGGCAGUCAGUUGCAGACCCUUCCGAGGAGCCUGGGUCUGAUCAGCAGCGUGCUCUUGAAGCCCAAACUAAUGCUGAUUCCAAGGCUGAUGCAGUCCAAGAGUUAUACACCGAGCCUUGGGAGGAGUCUAAAGAGGUCGACCUCCACGCCUACAUGGAGCGUUGGCUGCAGCUCAAGCAGCAACGCCGUGUUCAAGGGAGCGUAAAACUGACUUUCUUUAAACUACUCAUUAACCGCCGAUACAUCCGUGUGCUGAUUGACAAUAAUUCGACCACUAAUUUCUUCUCUUCGAACGAGAUUCGUAAGGCGGGCCUCGGUAUGAAGCAAGUGGAACUGCAGAACCCUUGCCGGACUCAGGUGGGCAACCAAGAGGUUGUCACUUCCACUCAUGCUGUCAAAGGUGUGCCCAUCACCUUUGACAAAGAUCGCACUGUCACACAUGAGCUGAAUUUGUACGUCCUGGACAAGUGUCCUUUCGACGCGGUCAUUGGCUUGGGCUGGCUAAAGGCUCAUUGCCUAAGGACCACGUGGGCGGACAACCAGUUCGUGGUACUUGACGCCAAGGGGAACGAGCGUACCGUCUUGUUAGAUGAGACGCGCGAGUCCCCAAUGACUCUUCUCAGUGCUAACAAAUUCUCCAGCGAAUCCAUGGAUGAGCACGUCAAGCGUCUUGAGGAGGUUUUGCAAGUCCUCAAAGAAGCUCAACUGCACCUCAACUUGGAAAAAUCUGAGUUUGGUAGGGACAGUGUCAUCUAUCUCAGGCACCGGUUGUCUGCAAACGGCCUUCAGCCGGAGGCAACCAAGGUUGAGGUCAUUCAAAACUGGCCUCAACCGGCAAACGUACGCGAACUGCGUUCUUUUCUCGGUUUGGCUUCUUAUUACCAGAAGUUUGUACCCAGAUUCUCUAUUAUUGCUCACCCGCUCUCAAGACUAACCAGCAAGAAUGUUGCCUAUGCAUGGUGUGAGAAGUGUGAGUCUGCGUUCCAAGCCUUGAAAGAGGUAUUGGUGAGUCAUCCUGUGCUUCGCAUUGCAGACCCCAACCUCACGUUCGUAGUUACUACGGAUGCGAGCCAGUUCGGGAUUGGUGCAGUGCUCCAACAAGAUGAUGGUGAUGACCUGCGUCCGCUCGAGUAUUACAGCAAACGCAUGCCCAGCCACAAGGUAGCUACUUCCACGUAUAUGCGUGAGCUUUACGCCCUGCGUGAACCCCUCACACAUUGGAAGCACUACCUCUUGGGUCGCCACUUCAAGGUCUACUCUGAUCGUCAGACCUUGCAGUGGAUUCAGACACAAUCUAAACUCUCUCCUACAUUGACCCGCUGGUUGCAUGACAUUGAUGUCUAUAGUUUUGAGUUAAAACAUAAGAAAGGCGGUUAUAACCGUGUCGAUGACGCUUUGUCGCGCCAUCCCGAGUAUUUGACUUGCCUUGUGGGUUCAUACGACCUCCGAAGGAAACUGAAGGAGGAUCUGAUUGAACACACCGCCAAGGAUCCGGACCUCAGUCCCAUCCUUGAGCAGCUCAAGGCUGACCCUAAUAGUCAGCCUGAUUUUCACGAAUGCGAGGGUCUUGUGUUCCGCCGGUAUGGAAAGUUCGAUCGUUUGUGUGUACCCAACCAUGCGCCUCUCCAAACUCAUUUCUUGGAUUUGGCGCAUGGUGGGAGUGGACAUUUUGGCUUUGAGAAGACUUAUGGAAGUCUUCUGCAGCAAUUUGAUUGGCCAGGAAUGAAAGGAUCUACUCAGAAAUUCAUUGUUGAAUGUCAGGUAUGCCAAAGAAUCAAGGUCCACAGGCAUAAGCCUUAUGGCCUACUGAGACCUCUCCCCAUUCCUGAUGGACCCGGUGAGUCGAUUUCCAUCCACUUCACGGACAUGGGAAAGGUGAGUGAGGCUGGGAACUCACAAGUCAUGGUCAUUGUGGACCGCUUCUCCAAAUUUCUGAACUUGAUUCCUCUCCCUCCUCGUGCCCCUACUGAACUUGUCAUCGAGGAAUUCCAUCAGCAGUACAUUCUGCAGUCCGGCGUCCCGAAAACCAUUGUGAGCGAUCGGGACACCAGAUUCAUCACCAAAGAUUGGAAAAACUUCACGUCUUAGAUCUAUGACAUCAAACUGAACAGGACUUUUGGUUGACACCCCGAAGCCAACGGAUU